AAAGUGAGACAGUGCUCUUCUCUUCUUGUUGUCAGAUCUGAACCAGUCGUCCACCAAAACAUUACUGUUCGGAAGUUCUAUUCCAUACAGCUUGUGAUUCAAGUCCAAGUCUUGAAAUGGUAGUUCAGUGAUUAAUUCUUACAUUGUGAGUGUACAAUAGUUGUAUCAUGCCCAUAAAGAUGGAGUCCAUGACCGAUUUGCCCGAAAUCAAGUCUGAAAUAAAGGCUGAAGACUUUUGCACUCCAUCUCCUAGCAGUGUCACUUCGUCUGAUCCACAACCUCAACAUCAGCAACACAUUCCGCCGCCUCAACAACCGACUCCGUCACAAGGACAUUUGGACCCCCAACAUAUGUCGAAUAAUUGUCAAUGGGGCCAAUAUAGUUACGACACCAGUAACUCAGGCGAUCAGCAACAUUGGACCAACAACGGAGGACCUUUAUCUUACUCAAAUCCAUCCACUCAACCAAGUGCCUAUCACUCCAACAACAACGCUUAUUACAAUGUUCAGGACGGCUUAACAGUAUUAAACAAUUCGAACUCUUUGUACAAUCCUUCUACCCCUGGUCCGAACGGCCCGGAGAAUCCCGUCGAUCUUUCAAAUUCUCGACCUCUUCAUCCUGGUGGCCACGACAACCGAAACGGGCUACUUCCCCACGAAACCAAUUGGCAAACAGACGCAAAAUAUGUUUACCCCCGAUAUGGUUCGGGUGGCAUGUUCGGUAAUGGUCCCGCCACAACAACCACGUCGUCAACUGGUGGUUCAAUAACUCCUCCCGACGGUCCCAAGAUCAGUCCGGACGACCACCAUCACCUCUAUCCCUGUGCCAGUCCGUUGCCUCCAUCGACCGCCAUGGCCGCAUCCGCCGGACACAUGCAGCAACAACAGAGUCCUCCCCCAUCGUCCUCCAACGUGUCUCAGGUGGCUGCGGCCGCCGCAGCCGGACACAUAGAGAGAUUCGGAACGAGUCUGUUCCGCCCAACCAAAGACCAAAGAUUAAGUCAGGAAGCCAUGCGCAAAUAUCUCCGAGACCGAGGAGACAUGGUCAUUGUGAUGCUCCACGCCAAGGUGGCCCAAAAAUCGUAUGGAAACGAGAAAAGAUUCUUCUGUCCACCUCCAUGUAUCUAUUUGUACGGCGAAGGCUGGCGGCGAAAACGAGAAGAGAUGCAUCGGGCCGGAGAGUCGGAACAGGGAUCGCAAUUGUGUGCAUUCAUCGGCAUUGGCAAUUCAGACCAAGAUAUGCAGCAGCUCGACUUGAAUGGAAAGCAUUAUUGCGCAGCUAAGACGCUUUUUAUCUCCGAUUCGGAUAAGCGGAAGCAUUUCAUGCUCUCCCUCAAGAUGUUUUACGGCAAUGGAGCCGAUAUCGGAGUCUUUCACUCAAAACGCAUCAAAGUGAUCUCAAAGCCAUCCAAAAAGAAACAGAGCCUCAAGAACGCAGAUCUUUGUGUUGCCAGUGGAACCAAAGUGGCCUUGUUCAAUAGGCUAAGAUCUCAAACAGUCAGCACACGAUAUCUGCACGUGGAUAAUGGAAAUUUCCACGCCUCAUCCGUACAAUGGGGAGCUUUUACCAUUCAUCUACUUGAUGACAACGAGUCAGAGAGUGAAGAGUUCACGGUCAGGGACGGCUACAUCCACUACGGAGCCUCAGUCAAGUUGGUUUGCUCAAUCACGGGCAUGGCCUUGCCACGGCUUAUCAUCCGCAAGGUGGACAAGCAAAUGGCCAUUCUCGAUGCCGACGAUCCCGUGUCUCAACUCCACAAAUGCGCAUUCUACAUGAAGGACACGGACCGAAUGUACCUGUGUCUCUCUCAGGAGAGGAUUAUCCAAUUCCAGGCCACACCUUGUCCAAAAGAACCUAAUAAAGAGAUGCUGAACGACGGAGCCAAUUGGACGAUCAUCUCCACAGACAAAGUGGAAUACCAAUUCUACGAGGGCAUGGGUCCCGUGCGCAAUCCCGUUACUCCUGUUCCUGUGGUCCAGUCUCUACAUUUGAAUGGCGGUGGCGACGUGGCCAUGUUGGAAUUGACGGGUGAGAACUUCACCCCCAAUCUGAAGGUCUGGUUUGGCGAUGUGGAGGCCGAGACCAUGUAUCGAUGUCAGGAAUCAAUGCUGUGUGUCGUGCCGGACAUUUCUCAGUUCCGCCGUGGAUGGCAAUGGGUCCGUCAACCCGCGCAGGUGCCCGUAUCUCUGGUCCGCACGGACGGCAUCAUUUAUGCCACGGGCCUUACCUUCACUUAUACCCCGGAGCCAGGACCACGGCCUCAUUGUACUUCAACGGACGACAUCAUGCGAUCCACGAGCGCGCAUAUGGGCCAGGUCAAUCAGUCUGCCCUGGAAUAUCACAAUCAGUCCCAAACGGUCAUGUAACCACCAUCGUCCAUCCUUUCCCUUUGUCCUUUCCUCCACGUCCCGCCCCUUGGUUGCCGUGUUCCCUCUCCCAUUUCGAAUGCGCAUCGAUGACAAUGGACCAGGUCAAGCAUGGGAUGAUGAUUCGGCCCUUCUCCGCAAGAGGGCAGUAGCACCCCGAAUGCCUACCUCCACAAUUUAAUUACAUACUUGAUCAACCACCCACGCUCCGACACCAGCAACAGCAACCUAUAACAUAGUGUGAUAUUUCCCGCCGCCUAAGCCCUCCUGCCCCGCCGAUGUCGCCCCCAACGGAUGCGAGGGCAACCAUUUCAUAUUGCUACGACCAUUAUCCACUCCCUCAUCCCCCCGUAAGCCCGUUUUCAAGCGUUCUCCACCCUUCUAAUAAUCUUGAGUGUGUACAUAAUCAUCGAGGGAUGCAAAAGUGGAUCCAAGAUCUUGCCAGACCCCUCCCACGGCCCGCUCCAAUAUGAUAUCCCCCCUCCAAUGUUAUUCAUGCUCGAUCAGCUUACUCUUCUGACCCGGAUGCUCUUCACUAUUUGCAGAGUUUAGGAAACAAUUUCAGUGUGUCUGUCCGAUUGGAUCUCUUUCUUUUUUGCUCUACAGUUUCCUAAUCACCUCCUAUCGGGCACGAAUCGAAUUAUCUUCUAGUAAUAAUACUCUCAACGAUCAUGCAUAACAACACUGCGACCAAAAAUGCCUGCUCUUUCCCCUUCAAACCUACUGCGAAAGCUUCGUUUCUCUCGUUCUGAUUGUCCACUUGAUCAUACUUAUCAUUAGCUCUAUGAUAUACAUCUCUUCGACCCCC